CUAUUUGACCUGGAAACAAUAAGGUAUACCACUUGAUUUGCACAGCUGAGACAAUUCACAACUGGUUUGGUUGAUAUAGAUUCGUUAAGAAAAGUAUCCGUAUUAUCUUUCGUAUUUAACCGGUAUUUCUCAGUAUUACAAGGGAGUGUUAAACGUUGAUAAUAUAUACUGGAACGUUUUUCGGGGAUAAUAAGUGGUCUAAAAACGUUACGCAACGCAAUAACAUAAGGAAUAAGAGAUUCCAGGAAUUUUUGUCUUGGGGGUUCUUUUUGAAGAGUAAAGUUCAGACUUGAUAGAUGAAAAUACAUUAUGGUUGGAGCUUGUACCUCGUCCAGUUAUUCACCAGUCAAAUGAUUCACUGGAGUUACCCACUAUUGUUUCUUCUUUACAUGUACGGAUCUAUAAAACACUUGGUAUUGCUAAAACAACAGACUCUUGUAUGAAUCCAUUGUUAGAUGUGUUAACUGGCUUCGACAACACAGGAAAUGUUCACUUAUGGUUUAGUGAAAUUUUAUUGGCCCAUAGUAUGUUCCUUGAUUGCCUUUAUCCUGGUCUAUGGAAUGAAUUGUAUAAGAAUUUUGAUGAUCAUCCGAUUGAAAACGUCUGUGAAUUAUGUGCUGGCAUGACUGGUGCUGCUGGUUUAGCUCUUUCUUUACGUAAAUAUUCAAAUAUAUUUAAAACAUCAUAUGUGUUGAUUACUGAUGGUAAUGAUCAAUGUGUUGCAUCUAUCUCCUCUAUUAUUGAGCAUAAUUCUAAACGCUUAUUGGAUAAUUGCAAUCUUGAUCAACCUUUCCUGUUGCAUAUGGACGUAAAAAAUAUACGAUGGCCAGAAGAUUCAUCAUCGUCAUUGAUUGCUGAGCUAGAUGAAUCGUUAAUUCAUCGAUUUGAUUUAAUUAUGGCAGCUGAUUGUUUCUUUGAUCAAUCCUACCAUUUCAGUAUGUUAAAUACAAUCAAUAGACUACUGUCUUUACAAUCUGGAUCAACAUUUCUAGCUAUUUCACCUUUACGUGGUAAUAGUUUGCAUAAUUUUAUUAAUUUGGCUUAUCAAAUGGAGCAAACUUAUAGUUGGACUGUCAAAUUAAUAUCACCUUCAGACUACUUAUCAUCACAGUUUAUAAGUUAUUUAAUUGAUGAAUCAAAUCGUCUUCAAUUUACUGACAGUGAAUUAGAUAGUAAAAUUGUUGUCGGUGGCUUUGCUUUGUUUGCGUCAGCUGUUUACAUUAGAUUUUACAAAUUAACUGUUACACGACCUAAUAAAUAUCUUUGUCCAAUGUCUCAAUGUUCACCACUCAUUAAAAAUAUGUCAUGGGGUUCAAUUACAGUGGAAACAAUAUCUGAAGAUGGAACAAUCAAUCCAAACAAGUUAAUUACAUACCGAGAUGCAAAACUUUGGCCAAAUGGUAGUCGUGCAUGGGAUUGGAACGAAUCUGGCACUGGUCAUUUUGCAGGGAUUCAGAAACAGGAUGUUGAUGAAUUACUCAGUUAUAAACCAAAUAUUAUUAUACUGAGUAAAGGAGUACUAUCUCAGUUGAAAGUGUCCCAAUCAUUAAUUGAUUACAUAAAUCAAUCGAAUCCACAUAUUAAAGUAAUGGUAGAGACAAGUAAAAAAGCAUUCAAAUUGUAUAACGAAUAUGCAAUUCAAGGUGAACGUGUUGCCGCCUUAAUACAUACUACUUGUUGA